UCUUCGCGUCAACAAUGGAUACCAAUUCAGCCCCUGACGAUGAUCAUAUCCUCCGCAACUUCCAUCCCUGGUUCCGUCUCUACAAAGACGGCCACGUCCAACGCCUCGUUGGUGAAGAAAAAGUCUCUGCCGGCAUUGACUUUGUCGUCGGCGUUCAAUCCAAAGACAUCAUCAUCAACCAUGAAACCGGCUUAUCCGCCCGCAUGUUCCUCGCCAUGACCGCCGGUGCUGCCGACAAGCUUCCCUUGCUAAUUUACAUCCAUGGCGGUGGCUCCUGCGUUGGCUCGGCCUUUCAUCCAUUUUACCCAGGACACCUCGACACCAUCGCAGCCGAAGCAAACGCCGUGGUUCUGUCCGUCAACUACAGGUUAGCCCCGGAGCACCCUCUCCCCAUCGCCUACGAUGACACGUGGGAGGCGAUCAAAUGGGCCGCAGCCCACUUGUAUGGCGAUGGAUCAGAGCCCUGGCUCAAUGACCACGCGGAUUUCAGGCGAGUGUAUUUCGCCGGCGAUAGUGCAGGCGAGAACAUCGCCCACAACAUGGCUAUGAAGGUCGGCCUCGACAGUCCUAAUGGGUUGAACCUCGCCGGAAUCGUUCUGAUCCACUCGUAUGUCGGUAAUGAUCGAAAAAGUGAGCUGAUAGAGUUGUUAUAUCCAACGAUGGCGGGGCCCGAUGAGCCGAAAAUAAAUCCGGCGAAGGAUCCGAAUCUGCAACGGCUGGGUUGCCGGAGAGUGCUGGUUAUGGUUGCGGGAAAUGAUUCUCUGGUGAACCGUGGGAGGGCGUAUUACGAGGCCUUGAAGAACAGUGGGUGGGAAGGAGAGGUGAAUAUGGUGGAAGCAGGGGGAGAAACCCGCGAGUUCCAUUUGUACGAUCCGGAGAAAGAGAAGGCUCGGAGCCUUGUAAGGCAGUUUGGUUCGUUCAUUGCCCAGAAAUACUGCUUCCGUUCUUGUAUAUAAGUUGUAUUUCCCUCUUUUGUAUAUAAUCUUUGUUGUUAGUAUUAGUUGUUAUUAAAAAUCACCUAUCUGUUAUAUCAUAAAUUGUGUUUGUCGUCCAAGAACCACUUUUCCCGUGGAGACUCCAUAAUGCUUAGGGUGAAGUGUUUGUUUUAUGUAUUGCAUUUUAAGUGUGCAUGUU